UCGCAAAGAGCUGCUCUACAUAAUGCACAUGCAGCAUCCACAGGUUACUUUGUUACACAAGACUCCUCAUUUGGCAAUUUAAUUUUACCUGUUCUUCCAAGAUUUGACACUAAAUGAAUUCUUGGGUGCAUUUUCUUUAGUGAAAGUUUUAAUCAAGUGCUAAGUAAAAAUCAAUAAUUGGUAAAUAUGACUAGUCUACAACUUCGAAAGCUUGAAGAAUAUCUACAGCAGAUUGAUGGAUUUGACAAACCAAAGAUAAAACUUGAACAAUAUACUACCAGUGCACAUAUUGCUUCACGCAUGUUAUAUACUGCCCAAUCCCAAUUUGAUGAUAUAGAAGGAUGUGCUGUAGCUGAUUUUGGAUGUGGUUGUGGUGUUUUGUCAUUAGGUUCUCAAAUGCUUGGUGCAAGUCACGUAGUAGGGUUCGAUGUAGAUUCUGAUGCACUUAAUAUCUUAUAUAGAAAUUGUACUGAUUUGGACUUAUUUAUUGAAUCAAUACAAUGUGAUAUAUUUCAAUAUUUACCAGGGAAAUUUGAAAAAUACUUUGAUACAGUGAUUAUGAAUCCACCAUUUGGAACCAAAAAAAAUGCAGGAACUGAUAUAAAAUUUUUAGAAAUUGCUAUUAAAACAGCUUCCAGUGCUGUGUAUUCCUUACAUAAAACCAGUACACGAAAUUAUGUUCUUUCCAAAGCUACACAACUUGGUGCAAAAGGAACAGUAAUUGCUGAGUUAAGAUAUGAUUUACCUCGUAUAUAUAAAUUUCAUAAAAAAGAUUCUGUUGAUAUUCAAGUAGAUUUUAUACGAUUUGAAUUAAAUUCUUGAGUAUUUAGUAAUUUCUCAAUAAAUUUUAUCCAUCUAUUCAAACUUUA